AUGGGGCAGUCCGAUCUUAUCGAGAAGGUGAAGAAUGUGUAUCCUACGCUCAAGGAUUUCCUAAAUCUCCCGCUGCUUUACUAUUACACCGUCGGCCUGGAGCCAAUCCGCCUUUCAGGAAACGAAAGGCAAGCGGGAAUCCUAUCCCACAUUUACUUCGUCAUCCACCUGACAAACCUGGUAUUUAUGCUGGCCAUGCAGAUCAUCUUUGUGAUAGUGUCGUUCCGGAAUAAGGAGAAUUUUGUGGCGUCCUGCGAGGAGAUAAGUUACAUCUUGUUCAUAGUGGCUGGCCUCUUGAAGUUCAUCCCUCCCAUCUUUCAAAGGGGCAAAAUGUCAAACUUGGUGAGGUCACUGGAAUCCUUAUUUCCACCACCCCGUCAAACGGAGCAGGAACAGUAUGAUGUGAAGAAGUACCUGAAACGGUGUCACCGCUUCUCCAGGGGGUUUGGUGGUCUCUGGACUAUCGUUUUGGUGACCAAUAGCAUGUUCGCCCUCAUCCAGUACACCAUCCUAAAGUUGCUGCACUCUCCGAAUGCCCAGCCCUCAAUGCCCUAUGUUGAAUUGGCCCCCUGGGACUACAGCGGCGGAUGGAAAUUCUACUUGACCUAUAUGUCCCAGGCGAUAGCUGGCUAUACGGCCACCUGUGGCCACAUCUCAGCAGAUCUCAUAAUCUUCGCCGCGACCAUGCAGGCCAUCAUGCACUUUGACCACUUGUCACGGGCUCUCAUGAAUUUUCAAGUCAAAAACGUUUCAGGCGAUGUUGGAGCAGCUGAAGAGGACCUAAGGGAACUGCGGUCCCUGAUUGCUUACCACAACCAAAUACUCGGCCUCACCGAUGUGAUGAACGAGGUAUUUGGAAUUCCACUGUUGGUGAAUUUUGUGGCAUCCUCGAUCCUCGUCUGUUUAAUGGGAUUUCAGAUGACCGUGAGCAUAAAUGCCUUGCACAUGCUGAGUCUGGUUUCACCGACAAUAGAGAUAUACCUCCUGUGCUCAAUCAGUCAGAUGCUGAUCGAUGCGGAUGAGGAGCGCUAUCUGCUACAACUGCUGGAGGAGAAGGCUCCGGGGGAGCACGAGGAUCAGGAGGAGCAACAAGAGCCACAGCGGCGGAAAGACAAAUGGCCAAGGCGCGAAAUGUUUGACAAUAGCAGCGGACUGCAGGCCGCUGUCAUCCAUCAAAGUGGGGAGAAAAGGAUCGAGGACUCCGAAUUGAGGACAGCGGAUAGCGAAUGGCGGAGCGGGCAAAUUGAAAUGACUGCCAUUGCAAUUAUCGCCUCAGCAUCGCCGGGGGGCAUCCCCAAAGGCCAUUUCCCGCUAGAUUAG